AUCAAUGAAUGCUCGCCUGAACCCGGGAGUCAACUUGGGAGCUCUGCGAAUUGGCGCGCAAUUGGCCAUAACAGCAUAACAGAGAUAAUAGUGAAGUAAUCGCUGAGACAUCCGCACGCUCCGUGGAGCAUGACACUUAAAUGCCAUUGAAAAGUUGGCAGUCGCAGCAAUAAAAGUGAAAUCCGCACGAGCAAACAUACGCACACGAAAAGCGAAACCAAAGGCAACACCGACGCAGACAUGGCGGUAACCACAGGCUCCACCAGCGAGGCGACCGCAGCCACAACCACAGCUCCCGUUCCGCGACGCAAGCACAGUACGCGGGAGCAGCUGCAUCAAAUGCUGGCCGGUGGACUUUCGGCGGCCAUUACUCGCUCCACCUGCCAACCGCUGGACGUGCUCAAGAUCCGCUUUCAGCUGCAGGUGGAGCCGCUGGGCAAAAACGCCACCAAAGAGGGAUCGGGAGUUCUUAGCUCCAAAUACACAUCCAUCGGACAGGCGGUGAAAACCAUCUACCGCGAGGAGGGACUGUUGGCCUUCUGGAAGGGCCACAAUCCUGCCCAGGUACUGAGCAUAAUGUACGGCAUUUGCCAGUUCUGGACGUACGAGCAGCUCAGCUUGAUGGCCAAACAGACCAGCUAUCUGGCGCAUCAUCAGCAUCUAUCGAACUUCCUGUGUGGCGCUGCGGCCGGAGGAGCAGCGGUCAUCAUCUCCACGCCUCUGGACGUCAUCCGCACGCGACUGAUUGCCCAGGACACCAGCAAGGGUUACAGGAAUGCAACCAGAGCUGUAUCGGCGAUUGUCCGCCAGGAGGGCCCUCGCGGCAUGUACCGCGGUCUGUCCUCCGCCCUGCUGCAAAUCACGCCGCUGAUGGGCACCAACUUCAUGGCCUACCGCCUGUUUAGCGACUGGGCGUGCGCCUUUAUGGAGGUGAGCGAUCGCAGCCAACUGCCCACGUGGACGCUGCUGGGACUGGGUGCCUCGUCGGGCAUGCUCUCCAAGACGAUCGUAUACCCCUUCGAUCUGAUCAAGAAGCGGCUGCAGAUCCAGGGCUUCGAAUCGAACCGCCAGACCUUCGGACAGACGCUGCAGUGCCACGGAGUCUGGGACUGUAUGCGGCUGACCGUGCGCCAAGAGGGCGUUAGGGGCUUGUACAAGGGCGUGGCCCCCACACUCCUUAAGUCAAGCAUGACGACGGCCCUGUACUUCAGCAUUUACGAUAAGCUCAAGCAGGUGCGCUUCUAGGUCUGGCUUGGAGUCGGGGUUAAUGGCGGCUCAAAUCCAUUGUUGUGCGCCCAAACGGAAUCUACGCUGUAUUUUCUAUUUUUAUAUACGAGUAUAUCUACCACAGCGCGUAAAUAAUAUUAAGACUUAGGCUAGCUGUUGAUUAGUUUUCGGUUGUGCGUAUGGGGUUCGAUUUAUCAUAGACCAAUCGACUUGGUCGGCGCUUUAGUACACACAAAAGUAAUUGGCGCACCAGUUAAGUUAUAGACGUAUAUGUUAGAUUGUAGUUCAUUGUCCGAGCAGAAGCACCUCGAUUUUCAGACACAUUCAAAUUUUUAUUUAUCUUUUGUUUAGUUCGCAUACGAAAACGACUGCGCUGGCAGUUCAUUUGAUAUUUAAUUAUUGGAUUACACUUAAGUAUUCAGGGAAUUGAAUAAAAUUGACUACAUCACAGAAAUGAAA